AUGAAAGUGUUUUUGGGCACAAAAACGCAAAUAUCGAGUGAGGUUUAUUCCUCUCAACCAAAAUUAGCAACUUCUUUAAGUAAUAUUAACCAAGAUCGAGAAUCGUUCCGAAUGCGCAACUGUCGUUCGGCUACUUCCACUUCCUUUCCUCGCGAAUCGCCAGGAAGUCGCUUGUUUGGACAUGAUCGCUACGACUCGCUGACUGAUGCAGAAAAUGCUGAUGACUGGCUGCAGUUACAAUUUAAAAAGUUGAAAGCAAAGCGGGAAAAUAAUCCAGAAGUAAUUAGACGGAAACGGCAAGAAAAAUUACUUCUCGACGAAUUAAAGCAUGUUAAUGAUGAGAAGCAAAUUGCUCGUAAAUAUGAUGAGUGCAUAUAUACUGUCGAGGGUUAUGGUCAACGUGAUUAUUCGCCUGGAGAAUACCGUAUGCAAGAAGUGCGCUUACAGAAUUCUCAAACACCGUAUCAUGAAAAUCAACGGUAUAAUUUUCUAUGCAAAAGUGAAAUUUCUAGAGCGACAGAUGUUGUUAGGCACAAACCACCAACGCCACCACCUCGCGCUCGUUCACGUAGUCCAACAUCAAGUCCAUAUCUGCGACAGCUUCGUACUAGAACACCAUUUCAAGAACAUUCAACACAUUUGGAGCGAAAUCAACUGAAUCGCAAUGAUAGCAGUGAACGCGAAAGUAGUGAUUUUGCUGAUAACCGAUUCAGUUUUAAAAGUGCUACUAAAGUAUGUUGUAGACCUUUUUUUAUACUACUAAUAUUAGACUUUUAUCAUGAUUGUCUUGAAUAUUUCUGAGA